UGUAAGCUUUUAAGGUUUUAGGUUUUAGAAUUUACCAAGAAUUACGAAUUCACAGUUGUUGAAGAAGUGGAAUUUGGGGGUGGAGGAACGGGAUUUGAGGCUGGUUGGUGGUAAAAAGAGAAGAAUUACAGAGAGUUUGAGGUAAGAAUUUCUAUUAUCAUACUUUAAGAACACCACAGGUAAAAUCCAAUAAUAGAAGAGGAAUCAUAAGCUGUUUUAGUCCGAAAUAGAUCCUAAGAAGCACCAUUCACGCUUGAAUUCAAUCCAGGACACUCCUGUUGAAUUUAACACAACACAUUAUGCAGAAAGCACAAAUCAGGCUUAUAAUGAUGCUCAGGAGUCAGAGUUAGCCAAAGUCAGUCGGAGCCUAGCCAUGAGAAGUAAAGAAAGAGCGAGGAAGAACAAAUAAGUCAAUGUCUAGAGGCUCAAUCUACAACUAUCGCCGUUAUGAGGAACAAAAGCAGCUUCAGAUAGAGAACAUUAGAUUGCUCAAAAGACUGCAGAACUCGAUCCCAACGUAUAACUAUGAUGACUAUGAAAUUGAGAACAGGAAGAAGAAAAACUUGUUGAACCGGAUCUGCACGUUCCCGUAUCAGUUUGAUAGGCAAUUUCAUAAAAGGACUCAGUCCAAGUUAAAUAUUAGAAGGAAUAUGAGCAUUCAGAAGAUACAUAAGAAGAAAAAGAGAAAACUCUCACAGGCUAAUUGAGAGCUUCAAACCAUGAACCAGAGCCAAGACGUAUCACAUAAUAUUAGAAUGAGUAUGGAGGAGGAGAAUAAAAUGAGAGAAGAACAGUUUAACAAACCUCUGGCUAACGAGAGUACUGAUGUCAUUCAAAAUGAUGACGAAGACCCCAGCCCUAUUGAGAACCCUAAUUCUGUUGAGCCAAAUAAAAGAUAUCAUUCCAAGAAAGCAAAGGAUAAGAAGUCUAUCUUUCUCAAAACAGCUCAUAAGAGAAGGAUGUUCUACAGAGAACAUCUCUUGACUAAUGUAUUCAACUCUGAAUUUGACGAAAUUAAAAGGGAGAAAGUAAAGUUGGAGAAAUUCAUGAAGAUUUCGAAUAAGGAAUGAUUCCUCACAGUCUGCACUAGCCCUACAAAAUAUUUCUUCAUGGCGAUAUGCUGAAAAACCAAAAAGCCUUACUUGAUCUCUGUAUUUAAGAAGAAAGUCAAGAAAUUGUUGCAAAUUUAUAAUAAUUCCUUGGUGAAAGUUAGCAAACUGCUCAGAAUCAAGGAUGGGUACCUUAUUAUCAAAGACCUAGAUUUCCUGCUAAAAGACAGGCUGAACGUUAGAGAUUCCUUGCCUGAGCAUUAUAAGCAGAAUCUUGGCUAUUCAAAAGAUAGUGAUAGAGAAGCCAGUCCUCAUUUUGCAGCCAAUGUUGGAGAUAAUAAUGACCUUGGGCACAAUAUACAUCAGGAAGAUCUGAACAAGAGUGAAACUGUGACUGUGCAGGACAUCUACAAGCUUCCCAGAGUACGAUAAUUAUUUAUAAAGUUCUAGUCAAGUUCGUAUUUGUCGUUAACUAACUGUGAUUUUCAUAAGCCUCCGAAGAAGAAGCCAAAAA